UACCACUAAUUAAAUAGCAAUGCAACAUAAUCGAACGUUUAGUUGACGAUGCAUCUAACACUUUUGUAUGCAGUUUCUUAUCUAUAUACAUGCCUGAUUCCGUACAUGUCUCAAAUCUAGAAGUCCAAUGCCUACUUUUUAAAGUGUAAGCUGUAAGCGUGGUAAUAAAUGUGCGUGGUGUGUGACGUCUAAAAAUAGAGAAGAAACAGGACAUAGAAAUUUAUAAAUCGAUCAGUGCUUCGGUAAGGGAUGAACUCGAGAGGGAGGGUUUGUUGGUUAACGGAGGUACCCAAAGAAAUAAUGGAUUUAAAUAAAUCGAUGUACAUGGAACCGUCUAUACGUAUUCAUAUCAGUAUGUACUUCACCGUGAAUCGUAACAUCGUACAAUUUUGAUUAAUUUCUACCUUAGAGACACAGAACACCUCUGCUCGUGAUGUCCUGCUACUGACAACGAUCGUUUUUUCCUUUACACGAACUGUAACCUACGAACGAGUGAUACGAUCAAGAUGUUUACGAAACGAUCAAUUGGCAUCUCGAUCAAUUCACGGACGAGCAAAUUCCGAGCCAAUUAAUUGUAGUGAAGGUGCCAUGAAGUAAAAUCAAAGGAUGAUGAUGGGCGAUCAGUUUCGUAGCAAAGUGGAGCAAUAUUCACCAAAGUCGUCACCCAGGGGAGCGCGUUCCCCUGUUGUUUCGCGUCAGGAUUCUACGGGGACCCUCAAAACAACCAUAUCCCUGGGAAAGAAUCCUUCGAUCGUCCAUAGCGGGCCUUUUUACUUGAUGAAGGAGCCCCCUGGAGAAAGCGACCUUACAGGGGCAAGAAAUUUAAUGAACUAUUAUGGUCUGGAACAUUCUUAUAGUAAAUUUAGUGGAAAGAAACUCAAGGAACAACUCUCUUCUUUUUUACCAACUCUACCAGGAAUUAUAGACAGACCCGGACAUUUAGAUAACAGUUCAUUGAGAUCUGUAAUAGAAAAACCUCCAAUCGUUGGGAAAGAAUUACUACCAUUGACUAGUGUACAAUUGGCUGGUUUUCGCCUUCAUCCUGGACCUUUACCAGAACAGUAUCGUUACGUGAAUCAAGCUCCACAAAGAAAGCACAAAAACAAACAUAAAAAGCAUAAACACAAGCCUGGUGAAGUACCUAGUGGUCAAGAAGCGACAACAACAGAUAUUGGCGGUUCGGACACUCACGAAAAGAAGCACAAGAAACAAAAAAGACACGACGAAGAAAAAGAAGCUAGGAAAAAACGUAAGAAAGAGAAGAAGAGAAAAAAACAGAAACACAGCCCCGAACAUACUGGAGGAUUAACACCGUCUCAACAUUCCAAUUCGUGAUCUUUAAUUCUACCUUUUCUGUUUGUACCAAAUCUCCGACCUGGCGUUGAUCUUUGCGGGCACAAUUAAUUUCUUCCCUAUUGAUUAAGAACGCGCAUACGUAAACAAUUAUUGCGAGCAAAAUAUCUUCCAUGAAUGUUCUAUUGAAUCGUGAGUUAGGGUCGGUUUUCAUAGACACAUUUAUUUUAUUAUCAUACAUUUUCAAAUGACGCCUGAUCUUUAAAAAAAAACUAUGAAAUCUUUUUCUUACGGCAAUUGUACACUAUCAGUAUGUAAUAUAGACUCGACUGUGUAAAAUGUAUUUGUGGUUCACAUGUAUACGUACGGAGUAUACGUGUGUUGCACUUCACCAUUUAACCUAUCAAGACUAUUGAUUUUUCGUGAAAGAAGUGGAAAGAAUCGUUCGUUAUCGGUUCGUGAUCUUUGUAUGAGAUUAUAGAUCUUUGUAAGCAUAUUGUAAAGAAGUUGAGCAUCUUGAUGAGUUAAUAGGAUAUAGAUUUGAAUCAUUAGUAUAAACAAGGAGUAUCGUUACUCAUCCUGUAAAUAUAUAUUGAAAAGACGGUAAGGAGAAACAAAUAACGCUGUAUCGAAGGCCGCGUUUUGUAUCAUCAACUUGCAGUGGAAUUUGUUCGCGAAGUAAGACCAAAAUUAUGCAUCGCACUGAAAACUUAAAUUAAGUGUAGUAUUAUGAUAUGAAAAUAAAAAAUUCUUAAAUUGAA